GCCCUGAAUCUUCCCACCCCUAGAAGCCAUUGUCCCCCACAGAUGCUCUCCUGACAGCUGACCCUGAGUAAUGAGGGCUAAUGCACUCAUCUACAAAACAGAAACAGACUCACAGAUAUGCUGGAGCCCUGCAGGGCUGUCACCUCACCCUGGAGACCUGCAGCUGAACAAAGACAACUCAAAUCAAGAGAUCUGGUGGGAAAAGAACAAUAGAGGAAAUGUAUAAAUGUUACCAUCUUGAGAUUUUCAAGCAGUAACACCACCCGCCUCAGAAGGGGUCACCCUGUGGCCCACGUGCUCCCCCUGCCAGCCUCGCCCCUGCCUUCAGUCAGUCUGUCCUGUGUUCCCUCGGCGCCAGACCAGGCCCCAUGCUGCUCUGGACGGCUGUGCUGCUCUCGGUUCCCUGCGUUGGGGAAACAGCCUGGCUGAAACUCCAAGUCUCACCAAACCCCGUGUUUGAAGGAGAUGUCCUGACUCUGCAAUGCUGGGGAGGGAGGAACGCAGCCCUGUCCCAGGUGCAUUUCUUCAGGGAUGGAAAACUCUUCCAUUUCUCUAAAGACAACCAGCCUCUGUCCAUGGGGACGGCAACAGUGAAGAGCAGUGGCCGGUACAGCUGUGCUGGGCAGGUGACCUCCGGCCGACAUGUGAACAAUCGGACCUCAGGGACUGUCAUGGUCCAAGUCCAAGAACUGUUUCCACCUCCUGUGCUGAGCGCCAUCCCCUCUCAUGAGCCUUGUGAGGGGAGCCCCGUGACCCUGAGAUGCCAGACGAAGCUACACCCCAAGAGGUUGGCCUCGGGGCUCCUCCUCUCCUUCCACAAGGAGGACCACACUCUGCAGGACAGGGGCCUCCACCCAGAACUCAGCAUCCCAGCAGCCCAGGAAGGGGACUCCGGGCGUUACUGGUGCGAGGCGGCCCCUGAGGGUGGCAGGGUCCAGAAACAGAGCCCCUGGCUGGAGAUCAGGGUGUGGGCUCCUGUGUCCAGUCCUCUGCUCACCCUGAGACCCAGGCCCACUGGCCUCACUGUGGGGUACGGGGUGGAGCUCCUCUGUGAGGCCCAGAGGGGCUCCCCUCCCAUCCUGUACUCAUUCUACCUCAAUGGGGAGAUGCUGGGGAAUCCCAUGGCCCUCCGUGGAGGAGCCGCCUCCUUCCUCUUCCUGGUGAAGUCAGAGCAGGAUGCUGGGAACUACACCUGCAAAGCCGAGAACAGAGUCUCCGAAGAGACAAGCAAGCCUGAGACCCUCUCCGUGGAUGGUCCUCGGGUCUUGUCUGCCCCCACCAGCACCAGGAACUGGCUGCUUCCUUGGCUGCCUGCAAGCCUGCUUGGUGGGACAGUCAUUGCCGCUGCACUUCUGGGGUAUUUCAGACCCUGGAGGAAAAACGCUCAUUUCCAGAAUGGGGAGGAUGCAGGGGUUGUCUAUGCUGCAGUACGUACAACCCCAAAGAAGAGCGAAGCCAAGCCUGCAGAGUCAUCCCAGCAGGAAGAGGACUUCUCUGUCAUCUACGCUGAGGUGAGAUGCCCGCAGCUCAGCGAGGUUCCAGCCCAGGGGCUAAACAGAAGCAGCAGGACCCACCAAGAUCCCACUGGUGACCACGAGGAGGUCCUCCGCCAGUGACAGCGUCCCCGCAACAGACACACACCCCCACAGCCUCCAGCGCCACCCGAAGGUCGGGGGGCCCAGCCUCUUCUGUGGGCCCUCCGAGCCCAGCAGCCAGUAGCCCUGUUGGUGGAAGGCAUCAGAAAACUCAGUUACCCUUGCAUGCUUCAAAGGACACAUGGCUGUAGAAUCUGGUCUUAAAGGUGUAUCAGUUUGUCUCAUGUGGUCCAUCAAUAGUGACCGUGGGCACUGCUGUAGUUAGUUCAGUCUGGGUUAUUCGAGGAGUAUGGACUCCCUGUGGCCCAGGCUGGUGAUGAGAGAGAUGAGGAGGACGAGGAAGAGGCAGGGAUGGGGCAGGAGAAGGGAAGUGAGUCCCAGUCCAGCCCACAGCCAGAGUUGUCCUUGAAGAAUUAGGUAUACACUUGCUCCUGCGAGGCUCUGGCCCCGUCUUUGCAGGCCCCUGCACUGGACUCACAGAGAGCGAGGUCCAAGUUGCAGACACUGGGCUGCACCAGACCCCACCCACCUCCUCCAGGCAAGAAGUCAGCGAUCAGAGAGCUCCUGGCCCCUCAGAGCUGCAAACAUCUUGCAUUUCCCCUUGAGCUUAUUAGAAAUGCAGACCCCAGAACUGCUUAAUCAGAAUCUGCAUUCAAUAAGAUCUUCAGGCAAUUUGUAUGUGCAUUAAAGUUUUAAGAUCCUGGUCUACCUCCAAAAUACAGACAUCUUGAAGUAAAUCUUAGGAGCUUAAUUGCCUGUGGAUCUGCUCCGGGUGAAGACAGGGGAUGAGGAACCCAUGCUAGCCUCUUUUUCCACACUUCUCUUCUCCCUUUUCUCCCUUCCCCUUUUCCAUCCCAACCUUUCCUCUUUCUUAUCCUCUCUCAUCACCAAUCCAUCCGCAGCCAGAAGACACCGGGGUCCCCUCCCCUUUGCCUCCUGGACUCUGCUGGGAUGACUGAGGGGGGCACAGGCCAUCUAGAAGCGCAGUGUCCCCACUGGUCAGUCAGGAAGCACCCCUAGAACCCACGCCUUUGCCACGCCCUCUGUAAAUGAGUCGCCCCCUUGAAAAGAGUCAAAAUGGAGACGAGACAGCUCAUGAAGGGAACACUGAUGACGGGGACCAGGAAGGAGCCAGCCCUCCAGUCGUCCCCACAGACCCCCUCCUUCCUGAGCCUUCAUGCCUCCUUCAUCCCUGCCCCUACACCCCUACACUCAACACGUGGUCCCCGCACAGGGGCUGUCUGUGAGCUGUAUUCACCAGUCCACAUGUAACAGGCAGAGCAACUGAAAGCAAGAAUUUAGGAACUUUUAUAGCAAUCUGACAGAAUAACUGUGUGUGUGUUUAACAUAAUCAUAAAAAUUAGGACUUGUAUUUUAUAUAUCUUUUAAUUUUCUUUAGUAAUUUGCUUUUAUAUUAUAG